AUGCAAUUGAAAGCAGAGCUUCUUUCUCCUAGGGGGAAGAUACCAAAGCAGGGAGUUGAAAAUUGGUUGAAAGAUGCGAAAGAGAUGAUUGCGGAAGCACAGGAUGUGGAAAAUAAAGUCAGAAAUGGGAGAUAUCUCUGUCGUGCUUGGAACGGAAAGCUGGUUGAUGAAAAGACUCGAGAAAUGAAGGAAUUUCUUGAUAAAGCUCCUAAUGCCUCUGAAGCUCUUGCCAUGGAUGGUCCAAGUGGUGGGUUGCCACUGCCAACAUCAGAACUAGUUGGGGAGGGAGCUGCCAGAAAAGAGAUUUGGGCAUGCUUGAUGCAAGAGGAGGUAAAAAAGAUUGGGGUUUGGGGGAUGGGCGAUGUGGGUAAAACCACUAUCAUGAAGCACAUCCACAAUGAUCUUUUGAAAGAACAAAGAUUCGAAAGAGUAAUCUGGGUUACCAUAUCAAAGGAGUUCAAUGUAAUGAAGGUACAAGAUGAUAUUGCAAGUGCUUUGAAGUUGAAGGAAGAUUUGGCCAUAGAAGGAGUGUUGCUCAGACGAGCUGCAAUCUUGUCAGAAAUGCUGAAGAAAGUAGGAAAGCAUGUUCUAAACCUAGAUGAUGUGUGGGAUGAAGCCUCUCUAGAAGAAUUUGGGAUCCCUGACCCGAGUGAUAGCAAUGGCUGCAAGUUGGUGUUGACAACCCGUUCGGAGCAUGUCUGUAAGUAUAAGGGUUGCACGGUGAUAAAAGUGAAGCCCCUUUCAGCACAACAGGCAUUGACACUGUUCUUGAGUAAAGUUGGGCCUAACAUAGUGCAAAAUCAAACUUCAAUGCCAAUUUUGAGGCUCGUUGUCGAAGAAUGUGCGGGUCUGCCUCUCACAAUUAUCGUCGUGGCUAGUACAUUGAAAGGAGAAGAGGACCCUCUUAUUUGGAAAAAUGCACUCAGGGAAUUGAAAGAGAGAAUAGAAAAAGUGGAAGGAGUGGAAACUAAAGUGAUAGAGCGUUUGAAAUUUAGCUUCGAUCACUUAAAGGACGAGAAAGUGAAAUAUUGUUUCUUACAUUGCGCAUUAUUUCCUGAAGAUUUUGAAAUUUGGAAGGAUGUGUUAAUUGAGUGCUGGAUUGAAGAGGGAUUCAUAGAUGAUAUGGUACAAGACAAGAAAUGA